CCUUAGCCUCUUGUCUGAGAUAUCAUGUGACUCCCCAAAGCCUUCCAUAAUGGGGCCGGGGUCCCCCAAUAUCCCACCAGGGGGAAAUAAAUAAGGAACAGCACCUACAGCACCGCGUGAUCCCAGGAACUGAGAGGGUUAACUCACAGGAAUGCAAAGUGCUGUUUGUCUCUGGGGAAAGAGAACUUUCUGUUUCGAUUCUUGUUCAGUCCCCGUUCUGCUCUCAGCGAUGGCGGCUGCUGAUCUGAGAGACGAGCUGAGCUGCUCCAUCUGCCUGAGCAUUUAUACUGAUCCGGUAAUGCUGCCCUGUGGCCAUAACUUCUGCCGGGGCUGCGUUGGCAGUGUGAUGGAUGCCCAGGAGGGAUUGGGGGCUUAUUCCUGCCCUGAAUGCAGAGCCGAGUAUCAGGAGCGCCCCGCCCUGCCCAGGAACAGAACUCUGGGGAACAUAGCAGCGCGGUUCUGUCCGACUGAGCCGGAGCCGGGGGAGACUGGGAUUCCCUGCACCUACUGUGUCCUCUCCCCUGUACCCGCUGUUAUAUCCUGUCUGCACUGUGAGGCUUCUCUGUGUGAUACCCACCUGCGGGGGCACAGCCAGUCAGAGAAACACGUCUUAAUAGAACCCACAAUGCACCUGGGCGACAGGAAAUGCUCAACCCAUGAAGAACUCCUGAAAUAUUACUGCUGUGAGGAUUCUGCCUGUAUCUGUGUGUCCUGCUGCCUGGCCGGGAAGCACCGGGGCCACAGGGUGGAGCUGCUGAGUGAGGCCUCUGAGAAGAAGAAAGAGAAACUGAGGAAAGUUCUGGAGAAACUGAGCCCAGAGAGAGAGGAGACUGAGAGAGGAGCCCAGAGGCUGCAGGAGCGCAGGAGAGAAGGGGCAGAAGCGGCAGCCGGUGAGACAGAGAGAGUCACUGCCCUGUUUAGGGGCAUCAGGGAAGAGCUGGAAGCCCUAGAGAAGCGACUCCUGAGUGACAUCUCCAGGCAGAAAGAGGAGCUCUCACUCACACUCACUGAGCUGAUCCAACAGCUGGAAAUAAAGAAGGACGAGCUGUCCAGGAAGAUCCGGCACAUUGAGGAGCUGUGCAACAUGGCAGAUCCACUCACUGUCCUACAGGAACAAUGGGAAUCCCAUGGAGCUGCCUUUUGUGGGGCUGAGGGGGCAGAUACUGAGGGCAGAGAGAGAGAGGAUACUGAGGGGGCGGAUACUGAGGGGGCAGAUAUUGAGGGCAGAGAGAGAGGGGGUAUAAAGGUCCCGGCUGUAGGGGAUCUGGAUGUGGGUCGGAUCUCAGGGACAUUACUCACAGGCUUAGCUGGGAUUGUGACUGGGGUAAAGGGAAGGAUCUAUGGGCAGGGGGCUACAGACCUGGUACUGGAUAUAAACACGGCUGGGAAUAGUGUAUCUGUAUCAGGGGACAGGAAAUCUGCUUCCUACUCACUAACAGAACUACAUUACCCACAAUCCCCAGAGAGAUUUCAGAAUUAUGCUCAGGCUUUAAGCAGCAGGAGUUUCCCCUCAGGGCGACAUUACUGGGAAGUGAAGGGCAGUGAAUCAGGGUACUGGGGGGUAGGGGCGGCCUAUCCCAAUAGAGAGGGGAGACAGUCCUGGAUUGGGAAUAAUAACAAGUCCUGGUGUUUGUACAGAGGGAAUAAUAACAGAUAUUCAGUGAGACAUGACAGUAAAUGGACAGAGUUACCCCACGUCCCUUCCUGCAGGAGAAUCAGGAUCUGGUUGGACUAUGAGGCCCGACGCCUGUCCUUUUAUGAGCUGAGUGAGCCAAUCAGGCGCUUACACACCUUCACUGCCUCCUUCACUGAGCCCCUUCAUGCUGCAUUCUGGGUAUGGGGGGAGGGUGCCUGGGUGAGAAUCAUUCACUAGUGCUGGAGGGAAUGUAGAUAAGAGUGUUCCCCCAUAUUAUGGGGCAUUGCCCUAAAUGGACUGACUUUUGGAGGAAUAUUAAAGGGACAUACUGUGUGAAAAAUAA